AUGGCUCUCGGUGUUGCAAGGCUGGCAGGCUGCGAAGGGGGCUCCAGCAGCUGUGCCAUGUCUGGCCUGAAGGCAGAUGGACAUCGCCUUAUUCUGGAAGUGGUAACAAACUGGAAUGCUGUAGACCCGGUGGUUGACAGGGAUAUUGUAUUUCAUUGCAACAUUUAUGACCUGGAUUUUGGAGCUGAUGGCAAGUUAGAUCCACUUUGUGAAGAAGCCAGAAAAGCAGUGUUAAAUGCUUAA